UUCGAUGCGUCUAUAGUUAACCUGAUAUUAAUAGUACAGUAAGGAACAAGUUACGAACUCGGAACUCGGAAGUCACCGGAAGGUUACUGCAGAGCAAGGUAUAUAUUAUGAACAUUACCUGUGCCCGCGCAGUGCUCGUUAUAACGUGACCGUGACUUUUGUGUGAAUCGAAAACAUGCACCGAAUACUUUUGCUUGCCGUCCUAGGGUUAGCGAACGCUUACCCAGUACUAUUUAAUGAACCGCAUGUAGGUAUCGAAUAUGCUCCCCUAGCUCCAGUAGUACACUCACACCCUUCUGUAGAACUUAACGCAGCGAGUGAAGCACAACUUCCAAGGGAACUUCUUAAAUCAAAUGCCUUUUAUGAUAACCCGGCAAUUGCUGCUGGCUUGGCGAAAGAAUCGUGGUUUACUAAUAAGGAAAUGCAGGUGGUUGAGCGUGAGGCCGAAAAGAUACCGAGACAGAGGAUCUAUGACAUGGUGAAAGGAGCUGGUUUCCUUGAUCAACACUAAACAUUGAACUUUUUUUUCGGAUACGCAAAAUUAAUUUGCGUAUCAUGGGUUUUUAUUUAUAGCUGCAGUGACUUUUUCACACAUUAUUCUUUAAGCAUGAUUAUUUUGAUAGAAUAAAUAUUGUAUUUAUUUAAGGAGAUAAUGUUGUUGUAACCUUAGUUUGAAUGUUUGUUUCGUUGAUUAUAAGUAUUUUAAGUCGUACCUUUUAGUUUGUAAGCCUUGUAAAUAUGCGCGUGAUAUAAAUUUAGGGCGUCACCUUGUUUGAUUUAAUUAAACUUGAAUGUGUAAAAUUAUUUUCUGUGAUCUCGAACAAUAAGUACUAACGUAAGUUAUUGUUUCGUAUACUAUAUAUUGAAUAAAACAAUUAUUUGAUGUUUC